GGGUCCUCUCGGCCGCGGCAUGGCCCCGCCGGCGGGGGACGUGUCCCGGGAGCUGCAAGAAAGCAUCCGCCGGGCCCUGGGGCGGCCCCGCAUCCACCUGCUGCUGCGUGCCCGCCUGGAGACCAAACCCCGUCGGCUGGAGGAGAGGAUCCUGGUCCUCACUGCCUGGCGCCUGCACCUCUUCAGCCCCACGACACCGGCCAAGGCUGAAGGUUCCCUGAGCGUGCUGGAGAUUCGCUGCAUCAGCGCCACCAGCCCCACCCAGGUGCGCCUGGACACGGAGCGGGGUCCCCUGGCCCUGGCCCUUGCCACCCCUGCUGCUGCCGCCUGCCUGGCCCGGGAGCUGGGAGCUGCCCUGGGGCGGGCCCUGCCCUGUGCCCCCCCUGUUUGGACCCUCCCCCCGGCCCCGCCCCUCGACACCUCCCCCACAUCGGAGAGCUCCGCCUCCAGCGGCCCCAGCGUCUGCGGUGAGGGGCGUGGCCUCGGAAAUGGGCGUGGCUAUGGGGGGUGUGGGUUCGGAAAUGGGAGGGUUCGCACUGAUGGGCGUGGCCCAAGGGGGCGUGGCCGCAGGGGGGUAUUGGUAGGGAGUGUUCAUAAGACGCGGGAAGGGGUGGGGUCUGGGGGGCGUGGCUUGUCGCCGAUGGGCGUUGUCUGGGGAGGGGGCGAUGACAAGAUCGGCCACGCCUUCUCCCCCCCAACCCCCACAGGGGGCUUCUCGGACACAUAUGCGGCACUGUGUGACUACAACGGGCUGAGCUGCCGGGAGGAGGUGCAGUGGGACGUGGACACGCUGUACCAUGCGGGGGAGCGGCGAUGCUUCGACCUGCGGGACUUCAGCCACUUGGAAAGCCGGGAGCUGGCACUUGCAGUGGCAGCACUGGGCUACAACCGCUGGUUCCGGGGGCUGUGCUGCCGUGACCUACGCCUGAGCAGUGAGGUGCAGGCGCAGGUGCUGCAUGCUGUGCGUCGCUCACCUGCGCUGGAGGAACUAAUCCUGGACAAUGUGGGGUUAAACACGGACUUCGCCUCCCGGUUGGCAGCAGCGCUGGCGGCGCACCCAGACCCACCACUGCGAUGCUUGGAGCUGCCCCGUGGGCCCCUGGGGGACAAAGGCCUGGCAGCACUGAGUCAGCGCUUCCUGGGGCUGCCAGGGGGACUGCGACGGCUACGCUUGCCCCACUGUGGCCUGGGGGCACGAGGAUUGGCGGCGCUGGGCCGGGCACUGGGAGCAAACCCUGCUUUCCGCAGCGCCCUACAACUGCUGGACCUGGGCCACAAUCCUGGGCUGCUGGGCAGCCCCCACGGCGCUGACCUCUUUGCCUUCCUGGCUCAACCCAACGCCCUCCUGCACCUUGACCUGGCUUCCACUGACUGCGCCCUUGAUGUGCUCUUCGGGGCGCUGCUGCACGGCUGUUGCUCACGGCUCAGCUACCUCAACGUGGCCGGGAACAGCUUCUGCCACCGGAAGACCCGCGAGGUCCCGCCCACCCUGCAGCAGUUCUUCUGCAGCACCUUUGCCCUAUCCCACAUCAGCCUGGCAGGCGUGCGGCUGCCCCCUGAUGCUCUCAGGUCUCUCCUGCAGGGAUUGGCUGCCAACACCCACCUGGGCGACCUCCAUCUGGACCUGAGCGGCUGUGAGCUCCGCUCACCAGGGGCUCGUGUGUUGGAGGAACUGCUGGGGGGCAUCAGUGCUGUGGGCAGCUUGGACCUGUCAGACAAUGGCUUUGAUGCUGAUUUGCUGACGCUCGUACCAGCCCUGGGGAGGAACAAGGCCCUGAAGCAUCUCUGGUUGGGCAAGAAUUUCAGUGUCAAGGCACGAACACUGGAGGAGAUCCUCCACAAGCUGGUCCAGGUCAUCCAGGAGGACGACUGUUCUCUGCAGUCGCUGUCAGUGGCUGAAUCGAGGCUGAAGGCCAGGACCUGUAUCCUGGUGAAUGCACUGGGCAGCAAUGCCUGCUUGGCCAAAGUGGACCUCAGCGGUAACCUCAUGGAGGAUAUGGGCGCCAAGAUGCUGGCGAAGGCCCUGCAGAUCAACAGCACCUUGCGGAGCCUCAGCUGGGACAGGAACAAUACGACAGCUGUGGGCUUCCAGGACAUCGCCAGGGCCAUGGAGAGCAACCACACACUGACCUUCAUGGCCCUUCCCCUCUGUGACCUCACGGCCGCCUACCGCAGUGCCCCAGAGCGGACAGACACUGGUUGGCAGCAGAUCCAAUGGUGCCUCCUACGCAAUGGCCGCGGUCCCAAGGUGCCACCAGAACAGGUGCUCCGGCUGCAGCGGGGCAUUGUCACCAGCACGGCCGAGCAAGGCUGUUGCCAAGGAGAUGUGCUGCAGAUGCUCUGCCGGCUGAGCGGAAGAGUGCAGGCAGCAGCAAGGGGGCUGCGGGGACACCCAGGAGCCCAACGUGACCUUGCAGAGGCCCAGGAGCUGCUACGGGAAGCCAGGAAUGCCCGUGCGCUGUUCCCCAGCCUGGCAGCACUGGGACCGGCAGGGGCCGGAGCGGGGCCGCUGCAGCUCCUCCUGCAGGGCGUGGCUGGGGACGUGGCCAAGGCUGUGGACAAGGAGCUGGAGGUGCUGCUGGAGGCGCUGCUGGGCCGGGCCGCCGAGCUCUGCCCCCGGGCGACGGCGGCUGGGGUGUGGCCCGGGGGGGCGUGGCUCGGGGGGGCGCCUCGGCCACGCCCCCCUCUGCCCCCCGGCCUGGCCCCGGGGGCGCUGCUGGAGCGGGCAGGGGAGGAGAUCCGGGAGCAGCUGGGGGAGGUGCAGCUGGCGCUGGUGACGUCCUUGACCCAGGCUGUGGUGGCUGAACUGCUGCGGGAGCUGCGCCGUGUCCACCAAGCACUGGCCCAGCACCUGCAGGAUCCGAGGAGUCCCCAGGGGCAGGAGCCAUCCAACAGCACUGAUGAGGAGCUGGGCGUUGAUGUUGAUGCAUCGACAUUGCAGCGGCACAGGCGCUGCUGCCGCCGCAACCGCCCGCCUUCUGCCUUCAUGGGCCAGUCCGAGGGCCUGGAGUCACCAUCGCCCCCCAGGAGCUCUGAGGGGGAUCCCAAGCCCCACCCACUGCACUUCAGGGCCCCUGAGGCGCAGGCGGUGGGGGGCUCCUCCCAGGAGGAGGAGUUUGGCCGGCUGCCCCCCACAGUGCCUCCCUAUCCCCAGGAGCACGACUGCAGCCCCAGCUCAGAGGCAUCAGCCCCCCCAGAAGCUGGCAGCCCCGGGCUGGAGUGGGUGGGGCUUCCUUCCCCACAGACCCCGCCCCCUCAGGCCCCGCCCAGGAUGGGGGCGUGGCCCCCGCACAGCUGCGGCGGCGAGGGAGGGGGCGGGGCCAUCCCGGAGGCUCUGCCCGCCGCUCCGACAGGUGAGGGCUGUCCGAGACGCCGCGAUAGCGGGAGGGGGCGGGAGGGCUCCAGAGGGACCUCGGACAGGAGCCGCCAGCUGCCCCCCCCGAAGCCCCAGCGGAGGCAGCGAGCCCAUUCCUGCGACAAGGCGGACGCCGGGCCCGGGCCGGGAGGAGGAGGUGAGGCCGCCGCGGUGCUCUGAGGGGGCGCCGCUCACCUCACCGCUCGAACGGCCGCUUCUCCCCACAGGCACCUGAGGGGCGGGCAGGACCUCGCAACGGCCGCUCACAGAUGGGAAUAAACCUUUGUUGAAGAGAAA